CAGAGAAAUGUCGAGAAGUGUACGAAUUAAACAAAACCUUCGACUUUCGACGGAAAUCAGUUAUCGGAAAUAGCUCAAAAUUUUAAGUACGACAUCAGAAGCAGAGAGCAGAGAGCACAGAGCACAGAGACUCCAUCCAUAGACACGGCAGAUGGAAGCAAGAAAAUGCCUGCCGGAGGCCGAUCCCUGCCCCGUGCGACAAUAUCUCGCACGGCAGGCCGAGGCCCAGGCCAAUCAGCGCCAGAGCCUCAAUCAGUAUCUGGAGAAGACCAUGUCCGAUUUCCCGCCGCCCCACCUGCCCGGCGAGGCCACAAAACUCGCCGCGUCCGCGUCCGCCGCCGCCACUUGCCAGUGCGUGGCCAGGACCAGGCCGAAUGCGAUUCUGAAUCAGUUUGUCGGCGGUGGACGCAAGCCGGGGAAGCGCCUGCUGGUGCCGGAUCUGGCCACCGAUUGGUUUCGCAAACAGAAGGUUUUCCUUGACAAGAUCAGCCCCGAGGAGCUGGCCCAGGGCCAGGAUCGCCAGGAUCGCCAGGACCGUUGCUUCGGCCACCUCGAUGCCUCAGAGUACCGGCUGCCAGAGACCCGUUGCGCCUGCCCGGCCACAAAACGGAGCCAGGGCCAAAGUCGCGUGUCGCUCGCCCGACAGCGGCACCAGCAGCUGCAGGGCAAAGCCACGUGCGGCUGCCGGAGCGGGGCCAACGGGGCAGAGGACGCUCCAGCGGGAGACGAGCAGCAGCAGGAUCAGCAGCGGCUGGCCAAGCAAAUGUCCAGCAGUCAGACCAUCACACGCUGCCGGCCCCAUGUGGCAGGAUGCGGCACCGAGGGUGGCAUGAAGAACAGCAGGAGCAGGAGCAGCAGGAGCAGAAGUAGGAGCAGCAGAACUAGCAGAGGUGUAAGCAGAAGUAGGAGCAGGAGCAGCAGCAGGAGCACAAACAGAAGCCGAGCGAAACGCAGGAAUGCUGGCGGCCACAGUCCCCAUCGCCGACACCCGAUCGUGCGGCGCAGCAGCUGCACUUGCCUACGGCGCAGUCCCUCAUGCCGCUGCCCCGGCCAGAUGCAGUUCCAGAGCGACGGCCAGCCCAUGUCCAGGGAGUGCCAGCUGGCGACGCGUCGCACAGAGCCGCUGAUGCCGUGCCUGCGGCGUAAAUAUGAACUGCAGCGGGCACCGCAGCGUCGACUCGAGCCGCAGCACUUUCGCCGCAUCUCGCCGGAGUUCUUUGGGAUACUGAAGAAGUACGAGGCGGCGAUGACCGAGAGCUGUCCGCUCUACGGCAUCUCGAUACGGCACUGGGGCGAGUCGGCGCCCUGCUGCAUCUGCGAGGAGGACGAUGCCAGUCCCGAGCACAUGCAGUGUCUGGGCGAUGAGUCGGUGCAUGCGGCGGGCGCAGUGCCCUCCAUUCAGCAGUUGAUGGCCUCCGAGGCGGACACGGAAGAGUAUACGGCUGCGGGCGAGCAUCCGGGCGUCGAGGAGCAAGGUUCCGAGGCUCCGGCUGCAAGCAGCGGUCCAUCGCCCUGCAACGAUGACACCUGUCCCGUCCGAAGGCUCGAGCCCCUGCCGGCACCAGUGCCGAGGGCUAAGCCCAAGGAACCGGAGCCGAGACCACAAGAGCCGCGCAGGAAGUCCGAAGCCAAGCAAGAACAAGCCGAACCAGAAGAAGAUCCGCAGCCACCCAGCAAGGAGCCAGAGAAAAAGAAAAGCGGCUUCAGGUGCUGCCCCUGCUGGUCCAGGGAUCCCCUUAAGGAUGAUGAUGCUGCCGGAACGCAGCGGGAAAAGCCAAAGAAAGAGAAGAAAGAGAAGAAGGAGAAGAAGGAGAAGAAGGAGAAAGAGAAGAAGCCAAAGAAGGAAAAGAAAUCCAAAAAGGGCGACAAAUCCGCCGGGGAGGUGCCGAAUGCCAUCAUUCCUCCGCAGGCAUUCUUGAGUGGAUUUGCGGGCCUGUGCAGGCGCUGCAUGCGCUCGGGCCGCCAUCUGCUGUACAGCCACAAUUCGAGCUACCAGCGGAUCCGUCGCCAGAACCAGGGCUACCGCAACGAGCAGGCUCCACCAGCAGCAGCAGCAGCAGCAGCACCACCCCCAAUGCCAUAUCACAUGCGUGGCGUGUGUCAGCUUCAGCCCGAUGUCUGGCAAUUCGAGCAGCAGCCAAGGACAAGACAACAGACAGCCACAGACACGGAGACGGAGAUGGAAGCGGAAACUGUGUCCUGGGCAGCAGUAGGAGCAGCAGGCGGAAAAACGCAACCGGAAUGGGAGCCAUCAGAGGAUGAAGGCGGCUCCCUUGACAGCUGCAAUUGCAGCAGCACCACCCUGAGGCCCAGCUCCAGCUGCGAGGCCCAGCCCAGCCGUGGCCCUCUCUGCACGACGAGACGCAGCCAGGCGGGUGCCUGCAACCUCGAUGGCUGCCCAUCAUCGGCCAUUUGGACGCUGCAGAAGCGUAGCUCCAGACCGCUGAAGCGGCGAUUUGUUAACGAGAACUUUGGCAGGCGAAGGCUGCCAGAGAGAGCCGAAAGAGCCGAAAGAGCAGAAAGAGCCGAGCAGGAGAGAACAGAGGAACAGAUCAAGGGCGGAGAGGAUGCCACGCUGAGGGAUAAUAAUACGUCGUCGUCGUAUGUGGAGGGUUUCUGCCUGAAGGUGAACAAGCAUGGCACACGGGCCUGCUAUCUGGCCAACGAUUAUCUGCAGCUGAUGAAAAUGGUGGCCAGAAAGCGGGCCCGUUACGACUGCCUCAAGACCAAGAAGACCACCUGCCGGCCCAAGCCAGAGCCCAGUCCCCGGCCCACGGCGCGCAGUCGACGAGCUUCGCCCGCGGCAGCAGCGCGCGGCAAUGCAGCAGCUGCCGCCCACUCGAAUCGGUCACGGAGUACCGGAAUGCGUACGCAGUCCGCCCCCGCUGCGGCAACAACGGCCAGGCAUCCAAGGCGUAGGCUACCACCACCCAAGAUGCUGGCGAGCCCAUCCACAGAUGCCGACUCGGAUGGGGCCAGCAGCUCCCAGGACGGGGGCAGCCGCAAGGCGGAGAGGAAGAAAGGCACAAGCUCCGCUAGAAAUUCACAAACAAGAAGCUCCCUCAGGAAGCGACCGGCCAGAGCCAGUUCCAGUCCCAGUCCCAGUGCGAGUCCCGCCCGCUUAAAGUCGCGCUCGGCCCGCAGCUCGUCGUCCAGCAGGAACGUGGAGAGAAAGCCAGCAUCGCCCACACGUAGUGCCAGAUCGUCGGCAGCCAGGAGACACUCGGCACAAAGGCAGCGCCAGUCGACGGAGUCGCAUACGAAGGCUGUCGAUCGUGUGGCAUCGAGCAGCGACCUCGAUGAGGACUGUCGGCCGAAUGAAAACGGAACUUGUGCCCAGUAUCGUGCCGCAAUCAGCCACAGAUAUCCGGACUAUGCCAUGGACGAAACGGAAUCCGUGCCGCAAUUCAAGCCAUCCGAUUCGUAUGCCAGUGAAUGCCUGUGCAAAACGUAUUCCUAUUCGAGGGCAGGAACCAAUGCCAUGGCCACGGCCAUGGCCCCGGCCGUGGCCCCCCAAGAUGUAACAGAGCCCAGUCCGUGGUCAGCGGAGACCGCUGCACCCUAUCAGGGUAAUGCCGCUGCAGAUUGGACCCAGGAGAAACAGGCAAAUGGCCGCAAAAGCCCCGAAGCCCCGAAGAGCCCCGAUUGGAUGGGCAUGGAGGAGGAGCAGCAGCAGCAGCCGCAGCAGCCGCAGCAGCAACAGCUGCAACAGCAGCAGCCGCCUUCAGUUGCAACGCAGGAUGAUACUCAGUUUGAUGAGAAUCCCGUGGAAUGGGUGGAGGAGCAGCGUGAGCCAGCGGCUGCAGCUGCAGCUGACAAUUAUGCUGAGCAGCCAGCCUUUGCUGGGCAGCGAGAACUGUGCCACCAGGAUUGUCCUUAUUGGAGGACUGUGCAUGAGGAGGAGAGACUGCAACAGCAGCAGCAACAGCAGCAGCAACAGCAGCACCUUCAGCUGCAACAGCAGCAGCCACAGUUCUAUUCACAGGAGGGCGGCUAUGAUCAGGACGAUGAGGAGCGACCCACAACGAGCAAGCAUCUGAAAAGGCUGUCGCGCUCAUACAGACUACGACCGCCAUGCGGUGGGCCACUGCGUUGGAUUGCCAAUGGAUUCACCAGCUCCAAACGGAGCUCCCUCUCGGACAGCGCUCCCUUCGAGCGGGGAAGAGAACGGGCACCACCAGCAGCAGCAACAGCAGCAGCAGCGGCAGCAGUUGUCAAAAAGCAGAGGCCACGACCACCCAUAGAGAGGGGACGUCGCUACUACACGGAAACGCAGCCCAAAAUGUGGUACGAUCAGUGUGGCGGGCUGGAUGGGAUGAGCAGCAGCAUUCGGUCGAGCCACUCGCGCUGCUCGAUACGUGCCCUCAGCUCCAACGCGGAAACCGUUGAGUGUCCCUGCCCGCCGUUACCGUCAAUCAAAAGUGAGAAUGUGAAGCCAGAUAGAUGGGGCAUGCAGCAGCCACAAUUUCAGCAGCAGCAGCGGCAGCCACAGUUCCAACAGCAACAGCAGCAGCCACAGUUCCAGCAGCAGCAGACACCGAGGGUGACUCCUCUGAUGCAGCCACGGCAGACACAGAUGCAGCCUCAGAUGCAGCCUCAGCUGCAGCCUCAGAUGCAGCCUAAGCUGCAGCCUCAGAUGCAGCCUCAAAUGCAGCCUCAGAUGCAGCCACAGAUGCCGCCACAUCAUAUGCAGAUGCAGCCACGGCCAAUACAGCCACAGCCACAGCCACAGAUGCAAAUGCAAAUGCAGCACGCGAUGGAGUACCAAAAUCCCAACCAGAACCAGAACCAGAACCACAUCGAACAGAAUCGCUAUAGGCACUACGAGCAGCAGCAGCAGCAGCAGCAGCAGCAAGCGGCUGCUUACAAUCCGAUGCUGUCGAUGGCUACUGCUGCUAGUCCACUCAACUUUCCCAUUGGCUCGGGCUUUGGGCCCAGCAAGAAGAUACCCAAACUGUUGAGCAAUCAGCCGCUGGAGCUGAAGCCAUCGCUCGCCCAGAAGCUGGAGGCCAAGAAGCCCAAAUGGAUGCACCACAAUCACGCACCGCUGACGCUGCGCACCGCCCGACCGCGGGCAGAGGCCUACUACGAGGGCAAGAUGCGACGGCGUUGCCUCAAGUUCAUGUUGAGCAUCGAGCAAGGCAGACAGCCAGCAAUACCACCAGCACAGGCGCCUGCCGAGCAGGAGGACUGGUCCAUCACCGAGCAGCAGCAGCAGCAGCAGCAUCAGCAUCAGCAGCAGCACGAAAGUGAGCCAUCCGAGGAGCUGCAAGAGGAAGAGGAACAACCACAAGAACGCGUGGGGCAGCAGGAAGAGCAGGAGCCAUUGAACGACUCAUCGGAGGAACAAGUUUGGUUUGGAGAGCCCGGCUACGACGUCGAUGAGGGUCCGCAAUGGAGCCAAACGCGUCGCUCGCUCUCCGGCAGCGUGGUGAUGCGUCCUGCAAACAAUGCGGCCACGCGGAUCGAACAUCCAACGCAUCAAUGGCCGUAUUCAGGUCAGUCGCAGCGGCAUGACGAGCGCCCGAGUCAGCCGAGUCCCACAUACGAUCCCUACUAUCGUGUGGACGCGGACCACUGGCCGCCAGAACAGCAAGCCGCCCAUUGGGAGACGCCUCCUUACCACCCGAAGCAGCAAUCGCCACAGCAGCAGCAGCAGCAACAGCCGCCACUCAAUCAGAAUUAUCAGGAGCCACAGUCUCAGCGACAGACUUCACGCCGGCCACAGGCGCAGCCGCAGCCACAGCCACAGCCGCAGCCACAGCGGCAAGCACAGCCGCAGCCACAGAAACUGCCCCAGCGGCAGCCACAGACUGAGCGGCAGCCACAGCGCCAGGAGCAGCCACAGCGCCAGGAGCAGCCACAGCGCCAAUCACAGCGCCAGCCACGGCAUGAGCAGCAGCAGCCACAGCCUGAACGCCAGCAAGAUCCUCAUCUUCAUGCCCAUCCCCCCCAUCCCCAUGCCCAUGCCCAUCGUCAGCCUCAGCCUCAGCCUCAUGUUCAGCGCCAGACGCCGCUUCCGCCCCCGCCACAGCCGGACAUUAAUGCCAGAUGGCAUUGGCGUAUACCGAGAUCUGUGUCAGAGACCAGACCCUUCUACGACGAGGAGGAGGAGCAAGACUAUGCCCCGCAAGAGGAGCGACAGCCAACCAAUUGGCAGAAGCAUGCACCGCCGCCGUCGUACAUGCAGCCAAUGCAUCACCACGGCGUGGCACGUUAUUCUGCUGACUCUGGCCGGGCGGCUGCAAGCCGUAGUCCCCCCCGUCGAGCCAGCAGACACCGGGCGCCGCAGCGGCAGGGCGGUGGUGCGGCCGGUGCCAUCACCGCAGCCGCACUGGGACUGAGGGGCCUGGUCCAAGCUCUGGGCGGGCCCAGAUAUGCGAGAAACCUCUCGACGGUUUCCGGCGAGUCCGCAGAGGGGGGAGGCGACCAUGGCAAUGCCCUCGAUUGCGGCCAGCCUCAGCCCAUGGACUUCUCAAGGGAGCAGCUUCAGUUCACGGUGGAACCGGCAACAGCGGUACAUCGCGGCGCACCGCUCGGCGCCACGGAGCAGACAGCACCAGGGGCAGUCCGCAGCUAUGGCUGUGCGUUGGGCAGAGAGCAGCGGGCCCGGACAUACGCUGUGCAGAAAAGACCUUCGGCAUUUCUGGCCCGCUCCAGCCGGGUCAAUGGCUACUCCAAGCCGCCAUCCACGGACAACGAGCGGAGCUCUCCCCUGUCGCUGUUCGCCGUGCCCACAUCCAGCAGCAAUCUGGCGUGGCGAGCCGAGACGAGAGCCGCCAGAACGAUAACGAGCACGCGAAUCCCAGGCGGUCAGGAGGAGCAGCCACGCAUGCCGCCUCCAGUCUCGAUUCUCUCCGAUCUGGACUUUCACACACAUUCCACAUCACACAACAGCAUCUGCUCGACAUCGGGCGGCUAUCGGGCGCCGUUACCGUCUCUGGCACUGUCCGAGGAUGGCACUUCGUCCCUGGCCGUAUUCCUGGACAAUCUUCGAGCCAGAAAUGUACUGCUGCUGCCCGGUAAGCCCAGCCCUCUGGCGGAGUUACCGCCCAGCGGAAGUGCAGCAAAGUGCAGCGGAAAGCAGCAUCAGCAGCAGCAGGAGGAGGAGGAGGAGGAGGAGGAGGAGAAGGAGAAGGUGGAACCCACGCAAGGACGUCGCUGGUUUCCAGCUACACCGCUGGUCAUCCCGCCCACCUACAAUGCCCUGCUGGAGGAGCAGGUACUUCAGGAAUAUCUGCCCACGCCCAAAUGCAGACGCUUCAAGACUUGAAUGUUCCAACGAUCCCACAGCAGCAAUCAAUCCUCCAAGUAGCCAUAGCCCGGAUAGCUCAGCGUUUCACAUCAAGAACCAAUAAAUAGCUCAGAAUUUCCCUUAAA